AUGACAGUUGAUAUAUACAACGCCAUCGGAUAUUUCUUGGGAAACAAGGGGAGAGUUGAGGGAUGCAUGAAAGCCUAUCAGAAAUCGCUUGAAGUAACCAAGACACAUGGGAGUCAGCACUUGUAUGUGGCUCCAAAAUACAAUGACACCGUCCAAAGCUUGGAGGAACAAGGUACAAAUAGCGAUGCCAUCAAAGUACACCGAGAAGCUCUUGAGAUUCGAUUGGGAGAAAUUGGCAAUUGCAACCCCAAGGUGGCCCAAUCAUCGUGA